GCUGGCGGUUUUAAUUUCAUAUUUCGACAAAAAAAAUUUUUUUACGUUUUAAAUUAUUUAAAAUAUCAGUAUUCAACGUUUUAUGUUAAAAACAAAGCAUUAAGCCUAUUUAUGCAUCUGUAACUGCAUGUUAAAUGGAUCCAUGUCUCCGCUGAAAUACAUUAAACUGUAGGCUAAAUGCUAUUUCAGAUGCAGAUUCCAGAAAUGUUUUCUUAUGUUGGAAUGAAAGACACUAAGUACCGGAUGAAGGGCUUCUUAUUCUCCAAAAAUACAAAAUGGAAGAAAACUGAACACAAUCUUGCUGCUUAAGCUGUGUAGGAACAUUUAUAUAUAUAUAUGCUUCUUUUCCAUUUUGCUUCUUUUCCAUUUUCCAUUUCAAUACUUAAGUACGUUUAAGAUUAAAAAAAAUACUUUUCAUACUUAAGUACAAUAAAUAUAACAUACUUUAAGACUUCUACUCAAUAUUCUAAGCGGUGACUUCAACUUCUACCAAAGUCAUUUAUCUGUACUUUUACUUGAGUAUGGCAUUCAGGUACUUGAACACCACUGUGUUAGUGUAUAGCCUGAAUUCUUUUACAGGACAGACUGUCUUUGGUUCCUUAGUGAUGUUAAUGCAUGAGACCAAUUUCAGUAACCCUAAAUAAAAUCUUUGCUGAUGUCUGCAAAUAGUGUUUGACUGCAGAACAUCAAACCACACACAAAAUGUGUUAGCAUUAUUUGAUGUCUGGCGAUUGUAUUUAGGCUUCAAAAUUCAUAUAAAUUGUGUUAAUUUGUGAAGAUUAUCAUGAUGACUUAAACAUGAAGAAUUAUGUACUUUUGUUGAGCUUAUUUUCUGCAAUUAUCCAAAAGCCAGUGGAAAAAGCCUAUUGGGUUUUUGUUGAAUGAAUCAGGGUGAUGCAAAGUUCUGGGUUUUGCUUACAAAACAGGUAUGUCAUCACUGCAGCGCUCUAUUGACAUUUUUUUGUCACAAAAACAUUUUUCUAAAUAUCUUCUACUGUGUUUUGCAAAAACAGGAAAGUCAUUUAUCCCAUCAUUGUACCGGGAUAAGAUUCAGUGCCUCAGAAUAUUGAAAAGAUUGCCAUCUACUCGCUCAUAAAAUUUACACCAGCCACAAAGACUGAAAUAUAAUGUCAAAUGAAAAUGUUAAAAACAGAGCAACUCAUUUUAUUGUUCUAGCAAUUUCUUACAUAAGUUUUGUAAAAAUAAUAAUAAUAAUAAUAAUUGACAUCAAACAACAGAAAACAAUCAAAAGUCCAAAGAAAAGAAAAAUGUUUAUUGAUCAGUAUAACAACCUAUUAAUUAAACUAUUAAAUGUACACUACACGUCUCACAAUUCAACCAACCAGACUGUGCCAACUUAAAGUAAAAGUACAACAUGUACAGAAAAACCUGAACAAAAAGUGAGUUGUCCAUCAAAUGAUUUUCUGAAAACAGAACAAGUCUUAAUACGCAGCUUCAUUGUAAAUAGCACUGCGCACCUGAUAAAGGCUUCGGAGUCUCUGUGUUUUAUGUAACACUACUAUCUCAUCUACCGUGUCUCUUUUAAAGUUCUUUCUGCAUGUGAUCAACUGAAGAAUAAUGCUGCACUAUCUUCAAUGACAGCAACACCAGUCAUUCUGAUGUUUGUUACAAUGGCAGUAGAUCGUCUGCUUGCAUCCUUCAUCCUUCUCCUCAUCAGUAUCACCGGGUUCAGUGCUGAGAUCUCUGUGUUUGUGCAGACAGGAGCUUCUGUUCAACUGAAUAUACAGACACAACAACUACCAGAGUUUGAUGAUUUAUACUGGACAAAAGAUAAAUCAGAGAAUUUAGUUAGAUAUUCAAAUGAAUCUAAAAAAGUAAAACUUUACCCUUACUACAAGGACAGAGUGGAUUUUAAUGAUAAAACCUUCUCUGUGACACUGAAGAACAUGCAGAAGACAGACAGUGGACUCUACAGAGCAAGAGCAAGUGGAGAAUCAGAGAACGAUAUUGUUACAUACAGAGUAUCUGUUAUAGAUGCUGUGCAGGCUCCUGUCCUGAAUGUGAACUCAAACAGGUUCAGCAGUGACUCCUGUACUGUGAACUUCACAUGCAGAGCUCACGAGCUCAUGAUUAACUCUAGCUAUCAGAACAACAGAUGCUCUCCACAGGAAGUGACAUCACAGAUCAACACUCUCAUCCUGGAUUGCAGCACGAAAUACAUAAUCUGUAACCAUAGCAACCCUGUCAGCUGGAAACAAGCCAGAAUAAACAUCACACAGCUCUGUGACGACUCAGAGAAUGAAAGGCCAAUCACACUCUACUAUGGCCCAACUUUCAUGUUUGUGCUCCUUAUUGUGUGUGUUGUUGUGGGAGUGAUAGUGUUUGCUGGUUUGAUUCUUUACUGUUGCUGCAAGAAUAAAACAGAUGUUAAACAGGCUGAUGAUAAAGACUAUGAUGAUGUUGAGACUCUGAUUCGGAAGAUGACAGGAGAUACAUGGACCACCGUUACCUACUGUACAGUAUGAUGACACCAAACACCUUCAUGAAUGCUAAAGACUCACAAACAGCUUAACUCAAAAGUGAAGGUUCUGUCAUAAGUUACUCACCUCAUGUUGUUCUAAACCUGUAUGAUUUUCUUUCUUGUUUCAAAUCCAUUGUUUUGAAGUCAGUAGAUUUUAAUGGGAUUUGGUUAAAUGCCUGAAAAAAAACUCAAUAUAUUUUAAAGUUUAUUAUAUGACAAUAAAAUACACAAGUUGGAAA